UCUUUUACUGACUACCAACCAAGAGUUUCUAGUAGUUCAGACCGCCCCCUCAGACUUGUUGUCUAUGUAUCACAAUGUGAGUAUCUCACUUAUAUUAUAUAUAUAUGUUGUACAACUCUUCUUGGUUUUUGUCAAACUUGUUGCCCGUUUCUUACCCCACCUAACCCUUUACAAUCUCUUCUUGAUAUUUUCAGCAAGCUCAAUCCCAGUUCCUUCCAUUGCAGUCGCUUGUACAAUGUCAAGUUUGGAGCAGCCCCUUGGUUUGGAGAAGUUACCAAGCCUGAGCACUAUUGAGCGACUUAAUAGUUUCAGAUCUACUUCUUGCAGUCCUAGAGGAGUUGAUGGUGGAAUGGGGGAGUGCUGGAUUGAAGGAAGGAGUUCCGGCUCAUCCAAUAGCUGCAGUGAAGACUUUGAAGAGUACAGGAGAGAGUCUUUCACUUGGAGCCGGACACAGAAUGACAUCUCUUGUAGGAGUUCAUGUUUAGACCACAGUAAUGGAAGAUACCGAAUUGAAUGUGAUUCGCUAUAUUUGCCAAAUCAUCAGUACGACUCAUAUGGCAACAAUGGUAGAGACAUCAAGGACAUUGUACAUAAGGUGUGCAAAGGUUUACCAGACUAUGUGAAGAUAGUGGAAGUCGGUCCAAGAGAUGGUUUACAAAAUGAAAAGAUUGUCGUCCCUACAGCUGUAAAAGUUGAACUAAUUCGCAGGCUAGUUUCCACUGGUCUAUCUGUUAUUGAGGCUACAAGUUUUGUCUCACCAAAAUGGGUACCUCAGCUAGCAGAUGCAAAAGAUGUAAUGAAAGCAGUUAAAAAUUUGGAAGCGGUUAAACUGCCUGUUUUGACACCCAAUUUGAAGGGCUUUGAAGCGGCUGUUGCUGCUGGUGCAAGGGAAGUAGCUAUCUUCGCAUCUGCCUCAGAAGCCUUUUCCAAGUUGAAUAUUAAUUGUAGUAUUGCAGAAAGUCUUGCACGUUAUCGUGUUGUUGCAGAAGCUGCCAGAAAACUUUCAGUACCUAUUCGUGGGUAUAUAUCAUGUGUUGUUGGCUGCCCAGAUGAAGGUGCAAUCCCACCAUCAAAAGUUGCAUAUGUAGCUAAAGAACUUUAUGAAAUGGGUUGCUACGAAAUCUCGCUAGCUGAUACAAUAGGAGUUGGUACCCCUGGUACUGUUCUUCCAAUGCUCGAAGCUGUAAUGGCUUUCGUUCCUGUUGAGAAUCUUGCUGUCCAUUUUCACGAUACUUAUGGACAGGCCCUUCCUAACAUAUUAAUGUCCCUCCAAAUGGGAAUCAAUGUCGUGGAUUCCUCUACUGCGGGUCUAGGAGGGUGUCCAUAUGCAAAGGGUGCUUCUGGAAAUGUUGCAACAGAGGAUGUUGUCUACAUGCUUCAUGGACUGGGCAUAAAAACUAAUGUUGAUCUGGGAAAGCUCUUGUCUGCAGGGGAGUACAUAAGCAAGCAUUUAGGCCGACCCUCAGGUUCAAAAACCGCCAUUGCUUUAAGCCGAUUCACCGCAAGCGCCUAAAAAUAAGAUAUCGAGCGGGAACAAUAUUUCUAGAAGUAAAUUUUGCAUUCUUGUGCAAAUAAUCAUAUACAAAUAUUUGAAUACAGAAGAGUACAAAUUUACAUAUAACUUUCUUAACUGAAGAAUGCUUCUUCCACCUGAGACAAAUGGAUUCUUAUUACAUAAUGAUUAUGAUUAAAAUCGAGGAGCCAAGUUCCAUGGAC